CUCCUCCCAACAUCUCCGCACUUGCAAAUUCAAGUGUUGAGCUAGCAAAGCCUAGUUGCUUAAUACGAAGGAUUCCAUAUACGCAUGGAGUUUCUAGGCUUGCUAGCUCUUGCCAUCGCCGCGAUGGUCGGAGUUGUCGCCGGCGAUGACUCAACCUGGAGCAAUGGCCGCGCCACGUUCUAUGGCGGCAACGACGCGUCAGGAACAAUGGGAGGAGCGUGUGGGUACGGCAACAUGUUCAGUGCGGGGUACGGGACCAACACGGCGGCGCUGAGCACUGCGCUGUUCAACAACGGGCAGAGCUGCGGCGCGUGCUUUGAGAUCCGGUGCGCCGGCAGCGGGAGCUGCCUGCCGGGCUCCGCCGUCGUGACGGCCACCAACCUCUGCCCGGCCAACUACGCACUCCCCAACAACGAGGGCGGGUGGUGCAACCCGCCGCAGUCGCAUUUCGACCUCGCUGAGCCUAUGUUCACUAAGAUCGCCCAGGCCCGUGCCGGCGUCGUGCCCGUCCAGUACAGAAGGGUGGUGUGUGUCAAGACGGGUGGCAUCCGGUUCACCAUCACCGGCCACUCCUACUUCAAUCUGGUGCUCAUCACCAACGUUGCCGGCGCCGGCGACCUGACGGCGGUGUACGUGAAAUCUCCUAGCACAGGAUGGCUGACCAUGAGCCACAACUGGGGCGCCAACUGGCAGAACGGCGCCAUGCUCAACGGCCAGCCGCUGUCCUUCCGGGUCACCACCAGCGACGGCCGUACCAUCACGUCCAACAACGUGGCUCCCUCCGGUUGGAGCUUCGGCCAGACCUACGCCGGUAGCCAGUUCUAGCCAGCCGGCGACCACUGCACAAGUCUCUUCACUUUUACUAUCUUCGUGUAGAGUGUCAGCGGAGGAUGGCUCUGUUUUGAAGCGGUCUCCUCCGAGUAACAAAAUCUGCGUCGCCGUGGUGAGGUUACGCACUUUUGGGAUUACCGUUUUUGCUCCCCUCAAGGCGUGCUCACAUUAGCCGGUUGGGCGGUUUUACCUUAAGUAGGCGUAUUAUGCGGAGAUCCUUAGGUUUGAGCUCAGAAGAUUAAAGCAAUGUCUGGCUGUGGUGACGAGCAUAAUGCCUGGUCACCCGCCCAUGGGAUCAAACCAACGGUUUAUGUAUCUUUGCAUGCUAUAAAACUAAUGGAAUGUGUUUUGAGAGCUUGAA